AUGGCGCGUCUCGUCUACACUUUCGCUUCCAACACCGCUCUAUCCCAAAGCGUCAACACAAUUCGGUCGGUUGAAAGCACGCCUUCCCGCACUCAGAUUACAAACGACGUUGCUCGGACAUUACAGACGCUCGGUGGUCAAUCAGGACUGAGAAGGUCCAGUUGCAGAGUACUAAUCGCGUCCACUGCGAUGUCGGACGCCUGCGGACUCGUGCGGUUGCUGAAGCCCGCACCGAGGACAAAUCACACUCAUCUACCGCCCGAAUUAUGGCUGGAGAUAUUUCGUUAUGCCACCUACGUCCCCCGAAUACGUGGUUUCAGCCCAGGCGACCCCUUUGAGCCCGAGCGUCCCUCCAACUUCGCGUGGGGGGUGAACACCCCUGUAUCAUCGUUCGCGACAAAGCGGUGUCUCGUCCUCGUGUGCAGAGCAUGGCGCGCACUCGCGACUGAAUUGCUCUACGAGCAUGUUGUCGUCAACAGCAAGCGGCGCGCAACCUUACUCCUGCGGACCCUACAUGAAAGCGACCUCGAGGCACAAAGGCGAGGCGCGCAGAUCGUAGGCUGUGAAAGACCAAAGGGCCACGCUCAGUUCAUUCGACAUGUGGAGAUCCGGGACUGCGCGCGCACAUCGAGGACGGAGGCGUUUUGGAUGGCAGUCGCCGCCAUACUAUCGAUGUUGCCUGAUCUCCGCGUCCUUAGCGGAAUCUGGGAGCGACCUCUCUCACAGAACCUCGUCGAGAUCUUCUCGCGUUACCUCGGAAGUACGAUCCACCGACUGUACUGGGAGGAGGCGCCCGUCGGUGGCGCGUCCGUGCUGACAGAGUCCCUACUGAGGAAGUUUCACUCCCUCCGAGUGCUCGAUAUCCGGAGGCUAAAGCUGAAGACACCACAAGAGUUCCUCGAGAAAGCUGCCGCACAUAUAUCACUUCCUUUCGUAAUAGAUCUGCUGCUUCCAACGUGCCCUACGCUCCUUGAGUUUGCAGCUAAGCUCGAACUGCCGCGCCUCCACCGGCUCGUCAUUGACACAACGAACGUGGGAGACCAUCCGUCCUCCGUCGUUCUAUCUGCACUCAACGGCAUGCUGGCCGUGCAUGGAAACAAGAUCACUAUACUUGAACUGCUUCCGAUAACAUCUGCUUCGUACAAGCCGUGUCUUAUUAACUUCACCACAUUCCUCCAGCCCGAUGUUUGUCCUAUCCUUGACACGCUUGUUUUCGACUGUCGAGAGGAGGUGCUGUGUGCAGCUGCCCCGCACAGUGCCUGCUCCUGGCCCAAGUCAACGUCAUCGCCCGCUAGACCAUCGCUUCCCGCGUCGCCCACGCCUUCCUCCGGCACGCCGAUGCUUUCGCACCCGCACCCAACACUCCGCCGGAUUGGCAUCCGCGAAAUGGUGAUGAGACACCUCUACCCGAACCGCCCUAACCAUGCCCAGCAACAUCUUCACGCAUUCCUCACGCACCGGGCGCUCUUCCCUGCCCUCGAGACCGUGCGCACACUCGGUUUCCUCGUGGAUGCAUCGACGGACCCAUUCGCGCGGGACAUAUUCAUUUGGUGGACGGAGAAAUAUGAAGAACAGGGCAUCGAUUUCCAAGACGGAGAAGGUGUCGUCUGGCUAUACACUGAUCCGGUGGAAGGUCAGGAAGUCCAGGAAGUGGCGGAGGAGCAGCUUGUCCCCGGCAACUUUGCGAAACUCGUGCACAAAAGUGACGCGAAGGAACUCACUGCGGCCAAGUGCUGA